UGCGUGAACCCGGCGUGCGCUAAGACCCGGAAGCUAGGUAGGAUGCUAACUGCAACAUGCUAGCAGGUUCUACUGUGAAGGACUCAUGAAUCAAACAUUUACGCCCUAAAUUUGGAUUGUUUAAAUACGUCUCUGCAGAGAUGUCCCAGGUUGAGAAGAAGGCAGGGCUGCUGAGGAGGACAUCGUCCUCCAAAAAACCUCUGAAAGAAAAGGUGGUCCUGAUGUAUGAUGAGAUUUUUGCUAAGGAGGAUCCAGCCAAGAAUAACCCUCGCUUCUGGGAUGAGCUGUUUCUUAUGAAGGUGAACUUGGAGUACCUGGAGUCCAAACUGGAGAGCAUCGACGGGGAGGACGUACAGUGUAUUCAAGACAACAUCAACUCUCUGUUUCACCACUGCGUUCAGGCUCUGGGAGAGGAGCACCAGAUCAAGGUGGUCAACGCUCUGCAGACUCUCUGUGCGCUUUUCCGUGGAGUCCACCAGAAGAACAAGUCGGCGUCCGGCUUCGACAUCAUCAACAUGCUGAUGGGGUUUGAUAAGGCCGAGCAAAGAAUGAAGGACCUGAUGGAGCGCUUGGACAGUCUUCUCUGUGGAGACAGCUCAGAGAGCCUGAAGAGCCUCUGUCUCAAACUGCUGCUGUGUUUGGUGACGGUAACAGACAACAUCAGCCAGAACACCAUACUGGAAUAUGUGAUGAUCAACAGCAUCUUUGAAGCCAUUCUGCAGAUCCUGUCAGAUUCGUCCAGCAGGGGGCAGCACGGGUACGACGCCGUCGUUCUUCUGGCCCUGCUUGUUAACUACAGAAAGUAUGAGUCUGUGAAUCCGUACAUCGUGAAACUGUCCAUCGUGGACGAUGAGCCAACAUUAGAUGGGAUGGGAAUGGUCGUCCAUCAAGCUCUGACUGAAUAUAACAGACAGUACAAAGACAAAGAGGAGGAGCACCAGGGCGGCUUCUUCUCAGCCCUCACCAGUAUGGUUGGCAGCAUGUUUAUUGCAGACGCUGAUGAGAAGCUGUCAGUACAAACAAACGAGGCGAUCCUGCUGGCUCUGUAUGAAGCCGUGCAUCUGAACAGGAACUUCAUCACCGUCUUGGCUCAGAGCCACCCUGAGAUUGACAUAGUACCUGCCCCGCCCACCCCAACUCCAACCACACCCACAACACCUCUUGGCACAACGCCACCCUCCCUUGAUGUGAUCAACAACCCGGAGCUGCCUUUAGACCCAAACCUGCAGACGAGCAACCUCCUCAUCACCUUCCUCAAGUACGCCUCCAUCGUGAUGCAGGACACUAAAGAUGAGCAUCGCCUCAACAGCGCCAGACUGUGCCUGAUCAUCCUCACCUGCAUCGCAGAGGACCAGUAUGCAGACGCCUUUCUCCACGAUGACAACAUGAACUUCAGAGUCACGCUCCACAGAAUGCCCAUGAGACACAGAAAAAAAGCAGUGGGCAAAAACAUCCCGUCAAGGCCGCUGGUUUGUGCUGUUCUAGACCUGAUGGUGGAGUUCAUCGUCACCCACAUGAUGAAGGAUUUCCCCUUUGACUUGUAUUUACGCUGCGUGCAGAUCAUCCACAAACUGCUUUGUUACCAGAAGAAAUGCAGAAUCCGAUUACACUACACCUGGAGGGAGCUUUGGUCAGCUCUCAUCAACCUGCUGAAGUUCCUGAUGUCGAACGAGACGUCGCUGCUGUCCAAGCACAACAUCUUCCAUCUGGCUUUACUGAUCGUGAACCUCUUCAACAUGUUCAUAACCUACGGCGACACCUUCCUGCCCACCUCCAACAGCUACGAUGAGCUGUACUACGAAAUCGUACGAAUGCACCAAGUCUUUGACAACCUCUACUGCAUGGUUCUGAGAGUGUCCACCAACGCCGGCCAGUGGAAGGAAGCAGCCAGUAAAGUCACGCACGCCCUGGUGAACAUCCGGGCCAUCAUCAACCAUUUUAAUCCCAAGAUCGAGUCGUACGCCGCCGUCAACCACAUCUCGCAGCUGUCAGAGGAGCAGGUUCUGGAGGUGGUCCGCUCAAACUACGACACGCUGACCCUCAAGCUGCAGGACGGUCUGGACCAGUUUGAGAGAUACUCGGAGCAGCCCAAGGAGGCGGGCUUCUUCAAGGAGCUGGUUCGCUCCAUCAGUCUGAACGUGAGGAAGAACGUCUCCCUGAACACGCUGAGUCAGGACGUCCUGCUGAAGGAGUUCUCCACCAUCUCCUGAAGCCCCCUCACUCCCCAUCAUCCAUGCCGCCCCACACCGUGGACAUGCACACGAACUCUUCGGCUGGUUUCCUGGCUGUUCUUCCGUAAAACUCUCAGCCUCCGUCUGAACUGUGGAGUCAGGACGGACGCCGUCUCUUCUGGAGGAUCAGGUGGUGCAGCGGCCGGACGGGGAACCGACCCGAGAACACUUUAGCUUUAAAACAGUAUUUGUCGGUCUGACAGUUACAGCAGAAGCGUUCCUGUGACUCCGCCCACAGGAGCGUGUGACCUUAAACCCUCUGAAAGUGUCAGGUGUUUGUGCUGCUGUGAGUGAUGGAGGUAGAGCUUAGUGAUCUGUUACUAACGUCUUCAUGAACAAUCCUAACAAACUCUCUGAAUGUGCUGAAGAUGAGGAGUCCUCUUCAUCGCUGCUGCGUUUGGAAAAAGUUCCACUGAUGAUUCUUGUUGAUCAGAUUCCUGCUGCUUCUGGAAGUUCUGGGCUUUCUGUCUCCUUUGACUCCUGUGAGUGUAUUUAUGAUCCUUUUUUAAAUAAAGUUCAUUUUCCAGCUGUA